AUGGCGCAGACCCGAACUGCCGUGAGCAAGCUGAUCACCUGGGAGGGCCAACACUAUGACUUUCUCCAGUCUUUGAUCUUUUCUGCCCAGGAGAGCUAUUUUUUUGGCCCCUUCCAGUUUCCAGCUUCCUUUGCAGCUUUGCAGGAGAGGAACUUCUUCCCCUCCGAGGGCUGCUUUUACCAUUGGGCCGCAGAAGAGAGGCAGCGCAGAUACAUGUCGGAUGUGUCGCCUAGUCGCGCCACCGAUCUCUCGUCUUCUGCCUCCUUCGAUGGGAGGCCGGACUUCAUCGUUUUCGGCUUCACGGUGUGCCAUCUGGCCAUGAUCAUCGGCGAGGCCCUGAGCAUCCCGCUCGUGGGCUUCAUCUGCCAGCCGGAUCACAAGAUCGAGGAGCGGCGGGACACGUCCACCGCGGUCGAUCAACUCCUGGAGCCCACGCGAAAGGCCAUGAACUCCGAGGGCUUCAACGCAGCCCUGAUGAGCGUGAUGCAGCAGAUGUCGGUGCGGGGGCAGAGUCUGAACUGCUUGCGUCGGACCCGGGGGCUGAUCACCAUCCCAGCGGGACUCACGGACAGCAUGGUUCACUUUGAUGAGCUCCAUGAGCAAGGGGUGCCGAUGGUCGUGCCUAUCAGUCCAGUCGCAGUGGGCAACUACUUGCAGCAGCUUCAGCACUACAUCCUCACAGACUUCGUUUUCCUUCGAUCUUCGGCGGAUUUGGCUUGUUGCCAGACCAUGCAGUUUCUUACAGUUAACUUCGUGAGGCCCUUGCCAGCCUUCCUUAUCGAGAUCUGUGCAAGAGAUAUGCUGCCACACUCUGGUUCGCAAGGAACCAAAGGUGAUGUUCUCGAUGAUGAGCUAUCCAGCUUCGUGAAGCAAGCCAAAGAUGCGGGGAGGCCGGCCCGUGCACUGUCGGACAGACUGACAUCAUUCCUUCAUUCUAGAGUGGUGUUCUCUUUCCGGUGUUUUUUGGGGCUGCUGUUGCUGCACCGGCAUCCGCACUUCAUGCUGGCAGUGCCAGAACCUCGGGCUGUUUGGAGCUGCACCCGGAUAAGCUUAUGCAGUCGAAAUGCCAAGAAUGAGACCCAAGGGAAGUUAGCCAGACAUGAUCGCUGCACAGGCGAGUUCUGCUUAUCACCUUCUCAUCAAUGCCGGUGGGAGAGAAGACGAUCCUCGACCUGGCACUGCAGGUUCGCCGCCUCGACAGACAUGCAUAACUUGCCUCGUGCGUCAAUGCCAGCUCUGCCAUAUCGUUGGUUUCCUUUAGACUUCGAUCCAGUGGUUUGCAUCUCUGAGUAUCUCCUCUGCGUAUCUAUGAGUAUCUAUGAAUAUCUGUGA